UUCUGGAAAUUCAAACUUGUUUUUCAAGUUCAAAAAAAUUCCUUCCACAUUUUUCAACGCAUUUAAAUGCGUUGAAAAAUGUGGAACCUUGAAGGAAGUUCCAUGGCCACUCAACAAAGGAGGAAGGAAGCAGUCACAAACCAAAUACGUGGCAAGAAUUCUGAGAUUUGGUGAAGACACACGUGAACUGACGCCAUAUUUGAAAGCCGCUCAGGAUGGCAAGGAUGUACCCCUUACUGGUGAUUUGGAAUAUGGCAGAGGCAAGAGAAACAAACAGCCAAAGUCUUGGUCAUCAGACAGUGAGAGCAAGGAUGAAAGUGACGAGGAGACUCUAUCUGACAGACAACAGAAGAAAAAGAGGAAAGUAAGCCGUACAGCUGUGGGAUAUGAUGCUCGGGCACAAUUGAAGGCCCAACUUGCUGCUCUGGGAAGAACUUCACCGAAAGAUACAUGUACAGAAAUGGAAUCCCUGAAGAAGGAAGUCCUCCAGUUGAGAGAGGAAAACAAAUCCCUUCGAGAUGCAUUAAGGGUUGUUGAAGAACUUCCUGGCCUGCUAAUGAAGAUGGACGACUUAUCACGUCAGGCAACAAUACUAUCAGCUCGACGUCCUGCUGUCGCUCUGCAGAUACCGACAACUUCUGCGAUUGGCCAAUCCGUACCAUCAACAUUGGUACAGACUACCGAGAGAUUGUCACAGCCACCGUAUCCUUCAACGCCAACCAGUCACAGAUCUUCGCCAGUGCCAUUCAGGUCACCAACUGUGACACCGACACAGGCCCAUCUACGGCGGGUGUUUGAUUACGAGGUCGAUGAGGAUGGCCAGGUUGAUUUGGGGUAUGGGGUGGCAGUCAAUGCCAAUAACCUGCAGUAUGUCAGCAGAUCAGACCAAAAGAAAACCACAUAUACAGUUUGUGAGGUGGUGUUUACCAGAGAGGAGCUGGCCAACAGUAGCUUGACAGGAAGAAAAUCCAAUGCUUUUAAGGAUAAGCAUGAGAAACCAAAACUGGAUGACAAGAAAGUAUCUGCUAUUAUUGAUUUUGUGAAGAAGCUCCAUCCCUCAAGUGAAGCAAAUGUGAUAAAGAAAAUCAUUGGAGUGAAACUGAACAUUGCGCAGAAAAUGGAAAAAAAGAAGGCCUCAGAAACAAAUUCUGCUGGACGUCUAGCCGUCUCUAACAGUCGGGGAAGCGCAAUCAUGUUGAUUUAUGCUGCUGACAUUUAUUUAUUACGUCAAGAUUUGAGUUAUAUGUAUAUAAAUACAAGUCAACAUUCAUUCAACUGCAAUAUUUGUCUUUCUCCAUUGCCAGUGUUAGACCACAGAUUUUGUAGAAUGCCUGCCCAAUCAUUUCUACAUCAUUCUGAACCGUAUUCCACAGAAAGCCAUUCCAUAGGAGCCUGUUCUAUAGAACUACUCUUUAGAACUUUCUUCUAUAGCACUAUUCUUUAGAGGUGAUCUAUAGAACCAUUCUUUAGAACCCUGUUCUAUAGAGCCAUUCUUUAGAACCCUGUUC